AUGAUUACAGGCUCUUGCCUGCUCGUUUGGAAGACACUGGAGGGCGCCAGCCUGCUUGCCACAUGUCGCCAAAUCAACAAAGAGGCUAGUGCCAUCAUUCAGCAGAAGUUGAACGAGAUCAAGUCGGAGCCCAUCCGCAUCAUCGUGACGCCCAGUGCGCUCCAAUCUCAUCUACUAGCCCGCGAAAUUAUCCCACACAUCUCUCACACAAUUCCCUAUAGUACCGACCGAGACCUAAGGAAACUUCUUCGAGUUAUGAAAUGGAGCAGGAUCGAUUCCGAGCAGAUGGGACUGGCUGCGAUGAAUGAAUCCGAGUGUCACUUUCAUAUCGCCAUUUCAUGGAAUGCGCAAGAAUUGGCUAUGACGACCACAGAGCGACUUUCCCACAUCAAAGACAUCGUGGCACUAUUUUAUCUUCACCAUUACAUGCACAGCGACCUAGAUCAUACACCCCAAAGACCUACACGUAUUCUGAUCCAGCUAGCUUUGAUACCCCCCGAGGACAAGGGUAUGCACAACCUCCUUUAUGCAUACCAGAUGGCGGAAGCGGGAUUUUACGAAUGGGUGUUGAACUGCGCGACUAAAGUACGAUUGGGUCAUGCGAUUGACGAGGAGGCAUGGAAAGAUUCGUGGGCUCAAGGAUGA